AUGGGAGAAUGUAGGCCACUUGGUUUCUUAUUGGGGCUACCAUUUGCACUUGUCGCUCUCCUUCUAUCUCUUGUUGGUGCUGUUAUCUGGAUCAUUGGGACGAUACUGAGUUGUUUGUGCCCAUGUUGCUUCUGUUUCGCUGCGUUAGCUAACUUCGCCGUAGAUCUCAUCAAACUCCCUGUCAAAGUCCUCCGUUGGUUCACCCACUCCAUCCCUUGUUAA